AUGGCCGAGAAGAGCGACACCCGCAAGCGGAUCCCAGCCAAGGCCUCGGGGUCGAGCUCGAAGAAGUGCAAGUCGUCCGCCAAGGGCGCCGACGAGGAGGAGGCCUUCAAGGUCGAGUGGGAGCCCGUUCGCGAGAGGAAGUCGAGGGCUUCUACGCGGAAGUGCGGCCUGUGCAGUUCCUAUCUCGUCGCCCGCAGCUUCGGGGGUGGGCGGGGCCAGCAGGAGCACGAGCACCAGUUCGGCGUCGUCUCCCCCGCGGCCGACUCCGCCAAGGAUCCAGUCGAGGCCCUGUGGAUGCGCAAGCGCUGCUAUGACUGGGUGCAGGAGGAGGUGCCCGACUGCGACGUGCGGGAGGUCGUGGAUGAGCUGAAUUCAGACGAGGCGAAGCGCAAUGACGUGAUGCGCUCGCUGGGCUUCGACGUGCCCGAUGGCGACGGGGCCGAGGCUAUGUGCGACGCGGUCGGCAUGCCGCUGGAACUCUCGUCGGGCGAGGAGGUCGGGUACCCCAUCGAGGAGUCGUUCGAGCUCUUGACCCGCACCGAGUUCCAGACCCUGGCCAACAAGAGCCCCGAGGCGGCGAAGGCGAAGGUGAUCAAGAGGCGCCCCCCGACGGACGGGAAACUGGAGCUGCGAUUCGCCUUUCCAUUGCCUGGGCGCCCUCGGCCACGUCUGACGGUAUUCUCGAAGGUUUCGGCGACGGCCUCGGUUAAGAAGACUCAGGCGGGCAUGAUCGAGAAGUUUAGGGGCCAUUGUUCGAUCGCUUUCAAGAGCGUCGCGAAGAAGGUGAUUGGCCCCACUGGCGCGGGGUCGCUGUCCCGCUUCUUGACGACCUUGGACGAGCACAUCGGCAAGCAGGAGGCCCCGACUAAGCCAGCUAAGCAGUCCGACCCCUCAGGGCCAGGGCAGGCGGAUGCCACCGCCGACGACGAGCUCAGCAGGGCCGUCGGUGGGCGCUUGGCCAUCAAGGACGGGGUCAUGACCGACGAGAGCGCCGCGGCCGAUGGUCUGGGAGACAACGUUGUUGAUGUCGAUGCUAUGGACAACAACCACGAGAUAUUCCCCGGCAUGUCCCCGCUGACUGACGCGCUGCUCGGGGCCGAGCGCAAGAGGGAGCUGAACCAGCUCGGGCCCAUCGAGAAGUCCAAGGAGGCCCCGCCGCUGCAGCGUGACAACGCUUCGCGGCACAUGAACUUGACCAGGACGUGCUCCGAGCUCUGGCCAUCCAAUCUUGAGCGCAUGAAGCGCGAGCGCAAGCGGGAGGUCCUGGAACUUGUGUCGCCAGCCAUCGACGCGUGGCCGUCCUUCACCCAGAUGUACCUCAUCAACUUCGAUACCAAGCCCCUCUGGGAGAACGUGCUGAAGAUGGAGGGCCACCAGUCGGCCUUGAUGAAGCUGUGCGACAUGCUCAAGGUGUGGACCACCGGGGGGGACUCCCGCUGCAUGGACAUCCACGCGCUGACGAUUCGGACCUCUACCAUGACUGACGCGGAGAGGGCGGGCUACUUCCUGACAGGGGUGUUUCUGAACAACGUCGCGCAGUGGCUCCGUCGCGGGGGGUCCGCGUCGGAGGCCGUCUUCUUCGUUGCCGAGAACGCGCCGCCGCUUCUGCGGUUGCCAGAGGAGGUCGAGGAUUGCGAGAUCGGCCCCGCGUGCGCCAAGGCCCUCAGCGAUUGCGAGCGCAUCUUCGCCGUGCUGGCCCUGAUGAACGACAUCAGGAUUCCCGAGACCACGCCCGCGCACGUGUUUGACGACAUCGAGUUAUUCGUGGUUUCCCAGGCGAAUGGUGGCGGCAGUGACAUCUGGACCGCGGUGGCCAGGGCGGCCGACGAGAGCACGCUGUGGCAGCACAAGGUGGCCAGCCUGCGCAAGACCGCGAAGGUGUGCAAGCACUUCCACCCCGAUACCACGAAGGCCCCCCAGGCGCUGGAGGUGAUCGGCGAUCAGCCCACAGCGGAGGCGUCGGAGGGCCUGGCCGAAGCUGCAACGAAGCUGGAAUGGUUCGAGAAGGAGAUUGGAACGGAGCCAGUGGAGAAGCUCUCAGCGGCAAUCUUGGCAAAGUUUAUCUCUCACGUGAACGCCUUGCCGACUGGGGCGGGCGUUGAGGACAUCCCGAUGGCGACGACGGUCAUCGAUAAGUACGUGGAGCUCGGGCAGUGCAUCUCCAGGGUCCUGCCUUUGGAGGACAAGGUCGCUGCGGCGAGGGAGGUCAUCCUGUGUGCGAAGUCGUCGUUGGCGGUGCAGGCGUCGGCCAAGAAGGCGUCUGCCUCCAUCGAGAUGUUCAAGACUGGCGAGUGUUCGUCCGAGGACGUUCGGAGCAACCUCGUGCGCAUGACGAAGGCAUCGGGGGGCGGCGGCGAUGACGCCAACAAGAUUAGCGACGAGGCCGCGAGCAUGAUCGACACGAUCAUGAGGAAGCCGUUCGACACUGCUGGCGCCGCGAAGCUGCUGGGGCGCAUGUCCGACUUGCGCAACGCGGCGCCGGCGAUGGGCAACCCCGAGGACGGUUUGGAGGCGAUCAUCCACCAGGCCGGCUUCGACAAGAAGCUGUCGACGCUGAGCCGCCCCAUCAAGAUGUUCGACACGGUGGCAGUGGUCAAGGCCGAUGAUGACUUUGCAUUGGCAACCCUGCAAGGUGAGGCGAAGCUGUGGCGCAACAAGCACGACGAGACCCGCAUCCCGAUGAUGACGAAGCACCUGGAGAUACUGAACUCGAACAUCGGCCUCCUCGGUAACACAGUCGUGGCCCUCUCCAAGUCGGCCGAGGCAGGGCAGUUCCUGACGGAGCUCGGGCAUGCGCUCGACCUCGAUAGCGUCAUGAAGGCGUUCAACGCCACCAUCUCCGCCUACCAGUUUGACGACAUGGACAAGGCAAUCACAUCCCUCGUGAAGGAGUACAUGAGCUACGAUGCCCAGAAGGAUGCCAUCACCACUGCGCAGGGCAUCGUAGACCUCGCCUACGUGGUGAUGUUCCGCGGGAGAGUCGCCAGGGCGUGGCACGGAGUGUCGAACAUUGACACGGCGAAGGUCCGCUCGAGCUUGGUGGACGCCCAGAAGAGCAUGGGCAAGCACGGCGCCACCCCCAGCAAGGUGCUGGGUGCCGUGCUCACGGGCGUGUUCCGCAAGGGCCUCCGUUCGGAGGUGGUAUCGUGA